AUGAAAUUUUACUUUAUUAUAACUAUUUCUUUCUUUAUUUCUAUAUUAUCACAAAUUUCACUUGGUGAUGGUGAUGUAUUUUCAUGUACAGCAUGUGUUAUAGGAAUUAGUUCUGUUAUUUCUUCUGUUCAAAAUAAUCCUAAAACAUUAACUGAACUUGGUUCUCAAAUGUCAGAAUCAUGUGAUUCACUUCCAUCUAAACAAGAUCGCUUAGGAUGUCGAGAAAUUUUUAGUAACCACAUGAAUGAACUUUUUAAUGCUUUUGUUGAACAACCAGAAGUCUCUCCUGAAUCUUUAUGUAAACAAAUAAAUUACUGUUAA